GAAUGGUUUCUGCAUCCAAGGAGAGUGUGUCGUACGUGCUGAAUAACAAAGGAGGCGGCCACGCGUCUGUCAUCGUGAUUGGAGGAGCAGAGGAAUCUCUGAAUGCACAUCCUGGAAGUUUAACUUUGAACAUCCUCAAGAGGAAGGGCUUUAUUAAAAUGGCCUUGAAACACGGGGCUCAUCUCGUCCCGGUGUUUUCCUUUGGUGAAAAUGAACUAUUCAAGCAAGUUGCAAACCCGAAAGGUUCAUGGCUCAGAAAUGUCCAGGAAAAGUUGCAAAAGAUAAUGGGCUUUGCUCUACCGCUAUUUCAUGCUAGAGGAGUAUUUCAAUACAGUUUUGGCUUAAUACCUUACAGGCAACCUAUUCAUACUGUUGUGGGAAGCCCCAUCCCUGUAAAGCAGAACUUGAACCCCACCACUGAAGAGAUCGAACAGCUCCAUGCAUUGUACCUACAGAAACUAAGAAAAUUAUUUGAAGAACACAAAAGAAACUAUGGGAUCCCUGAGCAUAAAUCUCUCAUCUUUGAGUAG